GCGGCGGCGACGCCGACGCGUUUCCGUGUGAACGCCACCGCACGGCCGAGCCAAGAUUCCGGUUUGCGCGCACGCCGCCGCUCAUCGCGCAUGCGCCAUGCACUGUCGUGUGCGAGUGUCCUCUCCUUCGGUCGUCGGCGCAGGUAGCGCGAGCAAAGUUGGCCGGCGCUGCUUGUGCGGGUGUUUGGUGUGGUGUGUGCGCGCGAGGGGGGUACCAUGUUGACGCCGUCGUCGAGCCGUGCUUCUCGAGUGACCGUUCGGGCGACCUGCCUACAUCGGUUGUGAUGUACUACGUGUUGUUGGACGUUCGGCUGGGACGACGACGACAAGCCAUCGGAUACCGCGGGGAAUGUUCCGUUUUUUGAGCAAGAGAUGGAGUCGGCAGACCCGGACAGACAAGGGGGGCAGUGCGUCGCCCAAGAAUGUCUUGCCUUGCAAAGUGGUCUUACUGGACGGCACUGACCUUAGCGUCGACGUCCCGAAAAAGGCACUGGGCUCAGCACUUGUGGAACAAGUGUUCUACCAUAUUGACCUGAUUGAGAAAGACUACUUUGGUCUGCAGUUCACCGAUCCUUUUCAUGUGCAGCACUGGCUUGACAUCACAAAACAAGUUAGGAAGCAAGUGAAAAUUGGACCCCCCUACACAUUUCAUCUCAAAGUCAAAUUCUACUCUUCAGAGCCCAACACUUUAAGAGAGGAGUUGACAAGGUAUUUAUUUUUCCUGCAACUCAAGCAGGACAUCCUCACUGGAAGAUUACCGUGCACGUACCAGACUGCGGUGGAGCUCUGCGCUUAUACCCUGCAGUCCGAGUUGGGGGACUAUGACCCCGAAGUCCACACUGCGGAGUUUGUCUCGGAGUUCAGGUUCACUCCUGAGCAAACGGAGGAGAUGGAAGUGGAUAUCCUGUCUGCAUUCAAGGACCUCAAGAGUCAAACCCCUGCACAAGCAGAAAUGAACUUCCUCAGCAAGGUGAAGUGGCUCGAGAUGUACGGCGUGGACAUGCACACCGUGUUGGGCAAAGACGGCCAGGACUACUCCCUUGGCCUGACGCCAACGGGCAUUCUAGUCUUCGAGAAGUCUAUCAAGAUUGGACUUUUCUUCUGGCCCAAGAUCACUCGCCUCGACUUCAAGAGCAAGAAACUCACCCUCGUGGUUGUCGAAGACGACGACGACGGGCAAGAACAAGAACACACGUUUGUGUUUCGGCUGUACAACCCCAAGGCAGCCAAGCACCUAUGGAAGUGUGCCGUGGAGCACCAUGCUUUCUUUCGACUCAGGGAGCCCGCACGUCCCCCCGGCACCAGGCAAAACUUCUUCCGCAUGGGGUCGCGGUUUAGGUACAGCGGUCACACGGAGUUCCAGGCCACUCAGAAGAACCGGACGCGGCGGACGGUGCAGUUUGAGCGCCGUCCCAGCCAGCGCUACUCUAGGCGCACCAUCCGGGAAAACCGCAGAGACGUCCGGGCUUCGCUUCCCAACGUCAUUGCCUCUGCCACCGCCGUCGGCUCCGACCCCCGUCCCCCGGCCAUCAUAGACAUGCUGCCAGUGGCUCCAACCGCGGUUGCAGCGAGCAACGACUUCCCCAACCCACCCUUGGUUGAAACACUGUCCACAGAAGUUGCACGGACCACCAGCCCAGCGGCAGUUGGCAAUGCUGAGGACAGGUUGGACACCUUGAUCCGCUCCCUAGCCAAGGAGACCAACAGCGCAUCCGACACCCGGAACGAUCUCACGGUCUACAACAGGGUAGAAAUACCGGAGGAGCCGGAGACAGAGGCAGAAGACCUGUCCAAGAGGCUCAAGUCGCUGGACAGCAGCUGCGGCAGCUCCGUCCUGGGGGGCCCCAGCGGCAAGGAGACGUGCUGUGCCUCCGGCCCCGUGACGGUCGUGCCCUGCCUUCCCCAGCCCAUGAAGAACAACCAGACGAAACCCAACAGCGUGCCCAAGCCGAUCCCGCCCGACCAGAUGAAAUGCAACAUCCUCAAGGCCAAGGCGGAGGAGGACAAGCGCAGAGUGCCAAGUUCUGCUGGAGAGAAGGUGCCCCUUCUUCUGUCCGAUGCUGAAGAUAACUCUCCCAUUUCAGAAAAGUUCAAGACUGUCAUCGUUGUCAAUGGGGACUCGAAUGAGUGCUCCAGCCUCAAGACAGCCAUGAACAAGGAGAAAAUAAGAACUUGUGACAUGCUUCCGACAAAGGAUUCUGCAGUCCACAGUGCCAUCAACAAUGGGUAUGGGCCAGACCUGAUCGCAGCCAUUAGCGCAUCCGCCUCCCCUGGCGGCAUCAGCGGGAGUGCCGCGGCGGAAGCCGUCAGCCCCGUCCCCAGCCCGCGCCACAUCAUCCCCGCCCUCAGCCCCCCCCAACCGUCCGAGCUGCUCAUUCAGUUUGACAGCGAGGACGAAGAGGCGGCCCCGGUCGAGGCCCCCGCCGCCGUCGCCGUCGCCACUCCGGAACUUCCCCGUGGGGAGACGCCGGAUCCCCCCUUCCCCACACCCGCUGGCAAAUUGCUGACCCCGCUGGCCCCCCCGGGUGGUGGGGAAAGCCCCAAGAGGGGCACGGAUGGGGUGGUACUCACCGAGACUUCGUUCGCCGGCGCCAACCCUGUGACCCGCUCCCUGUCUUCCGCAACGCCCCAGCGAAGCGUCAACGGCGGUGUGGCGGCCCCGGUGGUGGUGAAGAGGACCAUGUCCAACUGCAACUCGAGCCAGCUCUCGCCUUGGCAUGUAGGCGGUACUGCCGAUGCCGUUGUGACGCCAAAGCGCCAGGUGGAGAGGCGCACUGUCAUGACGACGGAGCUGUGACGGGGUGUUGCUGCACCGGGGUUGCCAGCUGCUUCGAGAAUCAUUCCCCGGCACCUUACGGUUUUUCUCCGCAUUGUGAACGGAAUCGGCCGGUCAUAGAGCGACGAAGAGAUGGUUUUUGUUUUCUUGGGAGACUCGAGACGGUUGUGAUUUUCUGGCUUGGGUUAGCGGCGAGCGCCGUCUGGUGUUGGAUUCAAGUUUGUACACGAAGGUGUUAGUUGGACACUCCGUUCCCUUCGUUCUUCGUCGCCUGUUUCGCAUUUUACGAGAAAGGGGACACGAUGGACGAGGCUUACACUAAAAGAUCCAACAACUGGGCCUGACGCCGCAGACUGGUCGGAAAGCAGGGAGCAGGUUGGCUUGGUGCGGUUGCCACUCGUCAUUCAAGAGUGGGGGAAUUUGUAAAUGAACUUUUUUAUAGUAACCAAGGGUUUUCCACAACGGAUAUCUGUGGGACGCAUCGCUCGUCGCAGUCGACAAGAAGAAACCUAACUGCAUUCCUGCGUUUUUGUCACAACCUUGCAAUCCGUCCGUCGAAGGCACAAAAACAUAAUUUUUACACUUUAGAUUCUCAAGUGCCUCUAGGGACUUCCAAGCCAUUUUUACUAAGGGAGGUUGGUAUUGACCGGACCAGUUGGAGAACUAUUUUUAGCAUUGGAACUGCCUGUCAGAAUGUAGCAUUUGCUGGUGCAAGUUUUCGUUUGUAAUACCCAACAAGACACCUGUUGGCUCUGUUCCGCGAGUGUGCAGAGUUUGCGAUCGGUGUACAGCCUUGUAACAUGCUAGAGUAUAACUGAGGUUUUCAAUGUUUGUGUUUAAUUGAAAUUUCACGCUGCUGUUUUACAUAUUUUAUGUGUACAUUUUAUAUGUGGUAGCUAUGUUUUAGAGGCCUUAUAUUUAGCUUUCCACGCUAUAAAUAUUACUCCCAUCUAUUAGUGUUUGCUGACGGUACUUGACGCAGGCAUCUGUGUGGAGUAAUAAUCAAUGUUUAUCUUGGAGUAAUAGGAUGUGUGUGUGUUUGCUGCUGCACUGUAAUGUUUAUUGGCAUAUAGUUGGUGUGCCCUUGCAAGGGUGCAGCCAGACAGCAGUAGGGGAUGGACUCAGAUUGGGAGGCUUACAGUGGUUGGUUGUAACUCAGCCACAAAAUGCUACAUUUUUUUUAAAGAAACAUUCCAGUGAAUGUAGUUAGUAUGAUGUAAACAAGGGCAAACUACUGUUUUCCAUGUUUCAGAGGUGACUGUGGUUCAUAUCAUGCAGUACUGAAAAAAAAGACACACAAACAGUUUUUUGGACGAAAGAUGAAGGCAAUUUUUCACUGCUUUGAGAGUAUCAGUGCCAUCUUUGACGGUUAGAACUUUUGACGAGGUUUUCACGUCCUCUUGUCAUAUUUUUCCCGUGUGUGCCAGUUUUUAUGUGUGUGUGCGACGGAAAAUAAAUGUGAUCACUAAAACUUA